CCAAUGCGGCCUUUGAAGCAGCUCAGCCACUGUUCACUCAGUGGGGCCCAGGUCCUGAUAAACUGACAUGGAUGAUGAAGAUGGCACCUGCUUGCUUGAUGUUUUAUGUGACCCUCAAGCCUUGAAUGAUUUUCUUCAUGGAGCAAAUGAGCUGGAGACGGACGGCAUACUUAUUAACUCAUCGGAUGCUGAAACCACCCUAUUUACAGCUCCUGCAAGCCCUGUGUCCAUACUUACAGAUGACCCUCCUGUGGAAAAUCACCAGCCCACCAACUGUGUUGACCUCUCUUUCCUGGAGGAAGCACUUCUGGCCUCACCUCCACAGGAUUCAAGCGAAGAUGAUGCCUGCAUGGAGAAGGCCUGUGAGGAACAGGAGGACAAGCAGGAGAAAGAGGCAUGUGAUAUCCUGCAGCAGAGUCUGCAAGAGGCUGACAUUACGGAGCAGACUAUGGCAGAAGAGGCAGGAUUAGCAGCUGGGGCCGUUGACUCUCAGCCAGCAGAUAUUUUACCACUGUAUGUGACCUCAGACAGUCAACAUGCAGACCUGGGUACUCUACUACAGCCUCCUUCACAUGCCUUACCGAAAGCACUGACUGUGCAUCCAAUGGUUUCAGGCCUUGGUGGGGUUCAAUUGACAGGCCUGCAAAAUGUACCUAAGGACACGCAAGCUGCAGUAGAGCCUCCUCAGCCUUCCUUGAUGGCAGUUGGGCCAGGCUGUCCUUCUUUAAUUGGAAAGCCAACACCGCCACAGCUCAUGAGUCUCUUGCCAGGAACAGUGUUCCCUGCCCCAACCUCAGAGCAGCCGCUUGCUCUGAAUCCUGCCCAUGGUUCUAGUGUUCUGAUCCAGAAGACUGUACCAAAUGUUAGUGGCAGCUCCUUGUUUAGCAGUAGCCCAAUAGCCCAUGCCAUUAGAGCAAACAUGGGGUCAAGUCUUCUUGUCCCACGGGCUCCUCUGCCCAUUCAGCCCAAGUUGCCUGUGAGCAUUCAGCCCAGGUUGGUUCAAAUUAGUCCUAAACCCAUCAGCACCACAGUGAGCCCAAACCAGCAGCACAGGCAUCCAGCAGGUGUGACGUUUGUUUCAGGAAAUCCUCAUCAGAACUUCCUGCUCUCAGCUGCUCAUAAUAACGUUGUUAAACAACAGUCUUCUCAGGGUCUUGCCAAACCCGUCAGCCUGCAGCUCCUAAACCAGACAAGCAGCAUUGUUAUCCAGCCUCAAGGCAUUUUCCCAACACCAAACCAAUUUAUUCUUCCUGGGCAUCUUGCCACGACUUCUUCACCUUCCAUCUCUCAAGCACCUCCUGCUCGACCUUUCCUGCCUAACCAAAGCUCUAGUACUCAACCACUUCCAGUGGUAAGACAUAGCACCUCUGGUCCGCUGGUGGAUACUACCCAGCUUUUAGCUACACCCUCUGGUCAGCUGAAUUUCGGUCAAGUUUUCACAACACCAAAUGGACAAUUUGCUGUUAGGCAGGGUGCAAUCCUUUCUGGACCCUUCCAGUUUCAGACUAGUGCUCCUACGAUCUUUCAAAUGCCUACACAGCUGACCAGUAGCUUCUCUACUCAGUCAUCUGGGCCACAAAAUGGUAAUACAGUACAGCCAACCCAGACCCUUCUGCCUGGAACAACUUCACUUGGUAACCAGAUAACUGUACUUAAUAGCUCUGGAGUUUUAGGCCCCACACUCAGCAUACAGCCUGGCCCAGGAGCAUCCAUUCCAGACUUGGCCUCUGUUUCUAUCAUGAAUGGUCAACCUGUAGUUCAUGGUAUUCAGUCAAUGACAUUCCCUGCUCAAAACCAGCCCUCAGCUCCACUGUUACCAUCUGAAGGGUCUACAGGUUUUCAGCCAUUAGCAACUGGGUGCCCAGCAAAAAGCAGCCAACCUGACUGUGAUGGAAAUGACUUACUUGAACAACAACAGUCACAAACUGACAGUCCUGCAGCCCACCAGACUUCAAACCAAAUCCAACACCCAGCAGCCUUGCCUAAUGUUCAGCUCCUUAGCCCAACACUUCUCCAAGGCCAGGCACCAGAUUCCCCGAUUCGGUUACAGAAGCAGCUGAAAUAUGAGGGCAAGCUACUUCCAGAGCCGACUGAUCAUGACCUCCUGAUCGAAGUUAAUAGUGGGGCAGAUUGCAAGCAAAACAUUGCACAGAAGCACUUACAGCAGCUAUCAACCCCUCCUUCAGCUCAUCUCAUUGGCCCAGCUGAACCUUUGCGGUCUCCUCUUUGUAAUCAGACAGUAAUAACUCCCCCAGCUGCCUCACAUCCGGUGCGCCUCAGUUCUCCUUUGGAGAGUCACCAGCAAGCAAUCACUGCAAGCAUUCCAGUGAAUGGACAUGAUGGCCCCUUAUGCUCCCUUCUAAAUGGGCAGCACAUGAACAACCUGCCAUCUGACAAUGGGCAUAAUGGAAGCUUGUCUGCACCCCUAAGCACUCACACUGUCAGCACACAGACUGCAGCCACCAGCCAAGGAUUUACGGCGAACAACAUUAAAGCUUCAUUUACUACAAUGGAAAAUCCUAGGAUGUCUCUUCCCUUGGGACCAUCUUCAUCUCUACCAAUCCAGAGAAGUGUCAACAAACCAGCAGCACACCUUGUGGCAGAGAGAUUAAUAAAUCCAGCAGGAGUUGAUUCAACACUGAAGCCACCGCAGCAACAGACAGAACAACAGAUGUCAACUCUGUCUGCAAAAAUGGAACGGUCUCUAGACACCCAGCUUCGAAGACAAAGGUUCCAGCAUCAAAUUAAUAAGGAUCACACUACUGGUAUGAAUCCAGACUGUUCAACUCCAUUUCACUCCGUUGAAGAUGCAAUUGUCCAUCUCCUUCCCUACCACACCUUUGUUGGGCGACUGCCUACCAAGGAUGAUUUCAGUGUAGUGGAUGAGCAAUUUGAAACUGUGUCCAGCCAGCUGCUAAAGCGCACUCAGGAAAUGCUCAAUAAGUAUCGGCAACUGAUGCUUCAGGAAAUUCAACAGGUGAAGCAGUCUGCAGAGAUGGUGAUGUUGGAACGCUUAUUUCUUCACGAUGAGCGAGUAGAACUCAGGGAGGUACAGAAGGUUAGAAGACUCACUUCAGAUGGGCCUGUGGCUUCAAAUUACAAACCAGUUUCCUAUGUCUGCCCUGCUAAUCAGCCCACCAUUCCUCCAGAUACAGAUGCAGGUCUUCCUCUUUGUGUGACUCCUAAAUUGGCUCCUAUUGAUCCACCUUGCUCUUCUCCUCCAUUGAGGUUAAUGUUUGAUGGUACCAAAAGUCUGAGGACUUACCCAUCUAGAAAACGGGGGGGUUUAAAACUCACUAUCAAGCAAGAAGCUGGCUAUAGCAAAGUGGUACGUAACUCUGUGUGUGAACCAUGGGCAGUCUCUUCUCCUGCUUCUACAGCUAGAUCUGAACUAGAGCCUAUAAACAUGGACAUUGUGAAUGGUAACAGUAAGAAGGAACAGACAUGGGACAGUCUUGAUUUUAGAGAAGCAAUCCAAAGACUUCCUGCUCCCCUAGAGCACCAGCAGUCAAUCUUCUCCAAAGCACCAGGAUGUGGUGAGAAUACCACUGCUGUGAAUGGAGCCCAUUUUAGUUUUCUCGAUAACAGAAGCCAGCAAUGUGCAGAAAAUGGAGAAGGGAUUGCCACAAAGAGCCUGCAGUCUAGGACUACUGUAAAUCAUCAAGAAGAAGGACUGUGUCCUUCAUUUCGGCUGAAUUUUGGUGAGGUCGAUGAAAGAUGUCUAGAAACAGGCAUGCCUGCUCCAUAUGCCAAAAGACCAAGGUCAGAGCCCUCACCAGGACAAGAAGAACGAAGAUGUAAGAGCCCUCAAGCAGAUAGUGUCCUCAGUGAACACCUUCAAAGUGCUAUUGACAGUAUCUUGCUGUUGCAGAAGCUUCAGGGUCAGCCAGUCUCUGAAACUCCUAGCCUUGGCCUAUUUGAAUCCCCUUCUCUUCAAAAUGCUCCGGAAUGUGGAUUAGGAACUGGUGAACCAUCUGCUCUUGAAGAGGCAGUCAAAAGCAUUCUGGAGGACAAGAUGUAG